CGUGUCCUUGAUAUCCUUGCGCAUCGAAGAGAUGGCGCUAUCUGACAAAACUUGUCGUCAAGACUCAGAAUCUGCAUCGAAUCAAUUCGAGGAUCUGCAGAUCUGCAAUAUCAAUUUGUUGGUCCGUAAAAAGAUUAUCUAGAUGAGUUCCUUGCAUUUAGCAAAUGGCUCCGAAAAGCCACCGGAAGUGGAAGGCCAGGCACGUUUGUACAGUAUGAAAUAUUGUCCUUUCGCUCACAGAAUACGACUUAUACUUACUCUGAAGCAGAUACCUCAUGAUAUUGUCAACAUUAACUUGCAGAAUAAACCAGAAUGGUAUCUUCAAGUACAUUCGGAAGGCAAAGUACCAGCUUAUGUUGAUGCAGAUGGAACUGUAAUAACAGAUUCUACUGAAAUAGCAAAUUAUUUGGAUCAGAAGUAUCCUGAACCUCCUUUAUACAAUAAUGAGACAAAAACUCGUGAUUUGGAGUUAUUGGAUCAUUAUUCUAAGAUUAUAACUACUUUUUCAAAUUGCAUACAUGGCAAGGACAAGAGGCAAUUUGAAGAGAUUUUAACCGAAGUAAUGGACAAUUUACAAGAGUUUGAAGAAGAACUUGGUGUACGCAAGACAAUCUUUUUUGGAGGAAGUAAUCCUGGUAUGCUGGACAUUUUAAUAUGGCCUUGGUUUGAACGUGCUAAAGCUCUAACUAUACUUUACAAACGGCGUGCGAGUCUUGACAAAGAGAGAUUUCCUAAUCUUAUGGAAUGGGUUGAGGAAAUGAAAGAUGUGCCAUUUGUUCUGCAACAUAGAUGUCCAUAUGAAAAGUUUGCAAAAGUCAUAGAAGCUACAAAAAAAGGGAACGUUGAUUAUGACAAUAUUUAAACUUACUCGCUUAAUAUAACAAAAUGCUGCAAAGAUAAGUAAUACGCAAAAUUACUUUCUAUAAAUUAUCAGAUUAACAUAACAGUAUUAAUGUUUCGAUAGUCCUAACAUUGACAGUAUAUCUCCUUUAUCUCUUUGUCUAAUAUAUCUACAAUAUUUUAAUUUUAAUAUAUUUUUAUACUUAUUUUAAUA